AUGGGUGGCGACAUUUGCGAUACGGCGGCGUACGUAGCGGGCCAAGAUAUGGCGAUGAACUUGCAGGAGCCGAAGCCCGAUCAAAAUAUGGCAACAAAAGACAGAACUAAGAACAACAACAACAAGAUGAAGCUGAGGAAGGGAUUGUGGUCACCAGAAGAGGACGAGAAACUGAUGAAGUACAUGCUGAACAGUGGCCAUGGCUGUUGGAGUGACAUUGCUAAGAAUGCCGGUUUGCAGAGGUGCGGCAAGAGUUGUCGCCUUCGUUGGAUUAAUUACUUGAGACCCGAUCUCAAGCGCGGCGCCUUCUGUCCCCAAGAGGAAGACCUCAUCGUUCACUUGCAUUCCAUCCUCGGCAACAGGUGGGCUCAAAUUGCUGCUCGUCUCCCGGGGAGGACAGAUAACGAAAUAAAGAAUUUCUGGAACUCAACACUGAAGAAAAGAUUGAAAAACAGCACAUCCACAUCUUCAUCACCCUACAACAGCGAUUCAUUGGAGCCGCCCCGAGAUGUUGUUGCAGGAAGGAUUUUCCCUCUGCGCGAACAUCAUCAUCCCAUGACCUUUUGCUUGGACUCGAUUUCUUCAUCAUCCACAAUAUCCAUGCCGCAGAUGGUUCCGCUGCUCGAUAUCAACAACCGUUACGGCACGACGGGUGCACCAGGUUUACGAGACGUGACCACAUGCGUAACACAGGAUGGUUUGGGGGAGGCAUCAUUUUAUGGGGAUUAUGGGAAUCUGGAGCCUGGGAAAUUAGGGUUUGAAGGCGAAUAUUCUGUGCCUCCACUUGGGAGUAGAAGUACUGAAGAUAACAAUGCUGCAGCCAUUAAAAACAGCAUCGAUGAUAGGAAAAGCAAUAACAACCACCACCAGAAUCAUAAUAAUAAUACUUGCUUCAACAACACCGAUCAUAAGAGCAUUAAAGUAGGGGACAUGUUUGGGGUAGAAAAUCAUCAUUGGGGAGGGGAAAACUUGAAAAUGGGAGAAUGGGAUUUUGAGGGUUUGAUGGAUAAUAUAUCUUCUUUCCCAAAUCUCCUUGAUUUCCAAGUUGAAUAACUACACAAAGCCACAUAUACGAGAUAUUCUUCA